AGUCUGAAAUAUAGUCGCUUCUGACAUUAAGUUAUACUGUGAUAUCAAUUAAAUUAAGUAACAAGAAACAAUGAAAUUUUACGAGUGUGUCAUCCUCCUUGCGCUGGUUGCGAGCGGACAAUGUUUCCCAAAACCUUAUGACGAGGACGUAAGUUACGCAUAUGACUUCCCGUUCAUGUCUCGUAACGCGUGGGGUGCGCGGCCGCCGGUGCGCACCGUUCGUCUUACCCUGCCAGUGCCAUACGUCAUCAUUCACCACAGCUACAUACCCGGCCCGUGUUCGACAACCAACCAAUGCAUCAAUGCCAUGAGGAGCAUGCAGAACUCACAUCAACUGCAACAUGGCUGGGAUGAUAUCGGAUACAAUUUCGCGGUCGGGGGUGAUGGUGUGGUGUACGAAGGCCGUGGCUGGAACAACGUGGGCGCACACGCUCUGGGGUACAAUUUCGACAGUAUUGGCAUCGUCCUUAUUGGAGAUUUCGUUUCUCGUUUACCACCCAGAAGACAACUGAAUGCUGCUAAAAGACUGAUAGCGAGUGGUGUAAAGUUGGGCCACAUAAGUCGGGACUACUCUCUACUUGGACACCGACAAGUCAACCCAACCGAAUGCCCAGGCGAAGCCCUCUUCAGGGAAAUCACGACGUGGGAUAGAUUUACAAAUUUAUAACGCGAAAACAAUCAAAGAAAUUAAAUUAGUUAGAGAUAAAUGCAAGAUA